AUGAGUGACGUGAGAAAUGAAACUAAUGUAACCGACGAAUCCAAUUUUUGGUCAACAGUCGACUUCAACGCCCUCUACAGGUCCCGGACGGUCAUGGAUUCCAUCUUCAUCGCUCUCGGGACACUCUUCAACACGUGGCUGAUUCUCGCCAUCUUAACCUCAUCCCCGCUGCGUUCGCGCAUGCGCAAUAAGAUCCUCGUCAGCCUAUCCGUUUUAUUCCUCAGCGAGUCCGUGGUCCGCGGGCCGAUCCAGGUCAUGGUGUUUCACAAGCUGUGGAACGGCGUCGACGUUGACUGCCGCGUCAUCACCAGCAUCUAUAACAUACAGCUCAUGCAGGACUUCAUAUCGAACUGGACGCUGGUGCUGAUGAUCCUGUUCUACCUCGCCCAGCUCGUGGACUUCAAGCCUCACCUGCCGUUCACAUCUCUGGGGACCACCCUGGCUACGGUCGGCGUCAUCGCGCUGCCUUGGGCCGCCUCGCUGGUCACCGUGCCGUCCAUCAUGAAGGACUACCACAACCGGCUGAACACCACGGGAUAUCUGCAACGGUGCGUCCACCCGACCAAUGACGCGUACGUCGUCUUCAAGUCCAUCGACUCGGCCGUGCCCUUGAUUGUGGCCGUGGCCGUCACGGCCGUGGCUGUGGUGUUGCGGCGACGAAGGUUCGCGCCGAGGUCUUCCACCCCGGGGAUGCAAGUGGAACUGAUGAGCAAAGGACCGGAAGUCGACGAACACACGCCGUACGUGGCGACCACCGUCACGUCGGCCCUGUGCAACAUU